UGUACAUAAAUCGCGGAGAAUCAUCCUCGAGGAGCAUCGCCAUCUAUCUCCUCCGGUACGCGUCUAAAGUGCACUGGUGUCCUAUUCUGGAAGCUACUUUCCGUUAUGUAUCCAAGAUGUAUCCAACUGGACUGCUGAAAUAUAGCCUAUCAGAGUGACUCACCAGGGAUGCAGUCUAGCCUAUGUGUGCCGUUAUAACUCUAGUAACAUUUUGGCAUUGGCUCAAAGUUUUUUUCUUCUAUAUAAAUAUAUAUAUACGCGGCUGAACAUUGGGCAACACAAGCCAGGUCGACAAAAGUUACCUAAAUGAAAAUGUCCUCGACUCUCAGCUCCCCUUCGCCGAACAACAGCAGCCUUUUUACGGCGAGCUACGAGUGGACGGACCUCACGGAGGCGCAAAGACACAUGAACCUGCUUCUCUUCGGCUUGUGCGUCGCCAUCGCCGCUCUUACCUUCUUGGGAAGUGUGUAUUCUCUCAUCUUUUUCAUUCGGAUGAGGUGGAAAACCAUCCUGUGGCUCAUCGUGGCUUCAAUGUCCGUGGACGACCUGCUCAGCGUGAUACCUCUCUCCCUCUUUAUGCUCAUGCAGUGGGAGAGUGAUGGAGAGGGAGGGUCGGUGAUCAUAUGCACUUUAUCGGGACUUCUCUAUGUGUUCCAAGGACUCUCCAGCAAUAUGAAGGCUUGCCUUAUCGCAGCCUACACCUUUUACGUUACCAAGCGAGAAGGAAGCCCUCGGCCGUUGAGGGUGAUGUUGGCGAUAGCCGGGGUGUGGGUAGUGAGCCUGGCCGUCAGUGUAUUACCCCUGUGCGGCUGGGGGAGUUUCACUCCGUUCUCGCUCGGCUGCUUCCCAGAGAGACGAGGUUUUUACCUUCUGCUCCUUUUCUCUUUGUACUCCGUGUGUUUCUGCGGAUUGGUGUUCUUCUUCGUUCCUCUCACCUACCAGCUCCUGUGUUCCAGAGAGCCACAGAGGACGUUCUACCCGAGCUACUUGGAUAUAGCCAGGGAUCUGAGAGGGGACGGGUCUGCGCCUCUCUGCGAACUCCCGUCCUUCUCUCGGGAUAGCUUGGACAGAAGUUUCAGUACCUACAACGAGCUGAGUCCGGGUGGGUUGGGGAAAGGGUUAGGGGUGCGGGACACCGUGGAAACAUGUACCUGUUCCAACCCUGCCUCUGACGGUGUACUGAGGGAUGAUGGGACCAUCAGUAACUGGGAAUCUCCGGUGUUCUUUGCACAAAAGCGCUUCUCCAUGAUCCUAGCGGUAUUGAGAGUUGUCUUGUGGAUGCCUAUGAUGACUCUGGUGCUCGUGCGUCAUGCUGUAAACGCCCGCAGCUCAUACCUGGAAACGGUGGAAACGGUGAGCUUCUUCCUGACCCUGCUGGCGCCUGCGGUCACGCCGGUGUUCAUACUCUCCGAUCGCUGGAUCCACCUUCCGUGCGGGUGCUUCAUCAACUGCCCCCGGGACACAGAGCAUGAGCCCACCGCAAAGAAGAGGUUUGAAUUUAACCUCUCCUUCCAAAAAGGGUACGGGAUAUACAAGAUAUCGCACGCGACCAAUCCCCACCGAAACCCGUCCGUCGAGAAGCCUUCCUAUUACAACUUCUUCAACUGCGACUUCACAGAAAACCAGCUUGCCGUGUUGGACAGCUCGGGGGUCGUGAGCCUGCAGGCCGAGCUGGCGUUAAGGACCCCACGUGCCGUGGACAGCUCCCCACUGCGUGAACAUGGCGAGCUGCUUCUCGAGGCAGUGGCAGGUGAAGGAGAGGCCCUGGCGCUGGCAGAUUGCCUCCAAUUUCCUCACGAUAACCACAGAGACCAGGACCUCAACCUCACCGACACGUCGUCGGUGUUCGAGGGAACGGAACGGAGACUUUCGCAUGUAGAGUGCAGAAAAAUGGAGCUGACGGACUGGGAGUGGUGUAGGAGUAAAUCGGAGAGGACCCCCAGACAGAGAUCUGGGGGAGGUCUGGCCCUCCCUCUAUGUGCCUUCCAGGGCACCGUCUCCCUGCAAUCCCCCACAGGGAAGACCCUCUCCCUCUCCACCUACGAGGUCAGCAGCGAUGGCCUCACCAUCUCCCCCCACGCCACCAAGAAGGUGGAGGUCUACCGCUCCAAGUCUGUAGGCCACGAGCCCAGUGCAGGCGACCCCAGCUCUGGAGGCACGGCCGGGGGAGUGGGGACGGAGGUGGGAAUGCGGGACACCAAUGUGAAGAUCCACCUAGAGGUGUUGGAGAUCUGUGACAACGAGGAGGCCACGGACAGUGUGUCCAUCAUCUCCAACAUCAGCCAGUCGUCCACCCACGCCCGCUCCCCGUCGCUGCGCUAUUCUCGGAAGGAGAACCGCUUUGUCUCCUGUGACCUGGGGGAGACAGCCUCCUACUCACUGCUCAUCCCCAACAGUGGCAACCCCGAGGCGGACAACAUCAACAUCAACAUCCCUGACACGGUGGAGGCCCACCGGCAGAACAGCCGCAGACAGACACAGGAGACGGGAGGCUACCGCGAGGAGAUACAGCUGCUCAACGAAGCCUACAGGAAGCAGGAAGAGGACAGAGAAGACUGAUACACACAGGAAGCAGGAAGAGGACAGAGAGAACUGAUACACACAGGAAGCAGGAAGUGGACAGAGAAGUCUGAAACACACACAAGAAGCAGGAAGAGACAGAGAAGACUGAUACACACAGGAAGACAAUGAGCAAACAGAGAAUACUGAUGAGCACACAAAGGAUGCAGACUGGGAAAGUAUAUCCAAGAGGAUUGACCUUUUAACUAUAUAUUUUAAAUAUGUAUUUUGACAAAACAUUAGCUGCCACUGCGUAAAACUGCUGGUGCACUUAUCCUGUGUCCAUUUUGUGCUUUAGAGGUCCAUUAUGUAUAGAUGUGAUGAGGUGAGGUGGAGAGAAGGUGAUGCAGGACUAAAGGGAUGAGGUGAGGUAGAGAGAAGGAGAUGCAGGACUAAGGGAUGAGGUGAGGUAGAGAGAAGGAGAUGCAGGACUAAAGGGAUGAGGUGAUGUGGAGAGAAGUGGAUGCAGGACUAAGGGAUGAGGUGAGGUAGAGAGAAGGAGAUGCAGGACUAAGGGAUGAGGUGAGGUAGAGAGAAGGAGAUGCAGGACUAAGGGAUGAGGUGAGGUAGAGAGAAGGAGAUGCAGGACUAAAGGGAUGAGGUGAGGUAGAGAGAAGGAGAUGCAGGACUAAAGGUUAGCAGCACAAUGAAAGAGUGAAGACUGAAAGGGAGAGCAGAGAGAAAGGAUGGAGAGAAGAUUAACCAUGUUAGUAUUCAUGCCAGGGCCUCCAACAUAUGGCUGCCAAUGAGUAUGGCCCUCACCAGUAAAUCAACAUGGAGACCACCGGCCCCUGUGUCUGAGUCAUCCCGCUGUAUCUGAGUCAUCCCACUGUGUCUGAGUCGUCCCGCUGUGUCUGAGUCGUCCCGCUGUGUCUGAGUCAUCCCACUGUGUCUGAGUCGUCCCGCUGUGUCUGAGUCAUCCCACUGUGUCUGAGUCAUCCCACUGUGUCUGAGUCAUCCCACUGUGUGUGAGUCAUCCCACUGUGUGUGAGUCAUCCCACUGUGUCUAAGUCAUCCCACUGUGUGUGAGUCAUCCCACUGUGUCUGAGUCAUCCUGCUGUGUCUGAGUCAUCCCGCUGUGUCUGAGUCAUUCCGCUGUAUCUGAGUCAUUCCGCUGUGUCUGAGUCAUCCCACUGUGUCUGAGUCAUCCCGCUGUGUCUGAGUCAUCCCGCUGUGUCUGAGUCAUCCCACUGUGUCUGAGUCAUCCCACUGUGUGUGUGUUACAUACAGAUCAGUGUGUCUGUACUCUUAAUGUAAUCUGCUGAGAGCCUGGACUCAGAAUAGAUCAUUUACCAUAGUGUUCAUUUUACUGCUGUGAGACAAAACUAUCCUUUUAUUUAAAUCAGUCUGAAGAGAGAGAAGGCGUGCGAGAGAGAGACAGAGAGAGAGACAGAGAGAGAGAGAGAGACAGAGAGAGAGACAGAGAGAGAGAAGGCGAGAGAG